AUAACUGAUUGAUAGUGAGAACCGGACGUUAAACAACACUACGCAACCAAUUGUCGGAAAAAUUGUCACUUAAUUCUGCGAAAAGACCGAUAUUUAAUAAAGGAAACGUAACAUGUCGGCCAAGCAAAAUUCGAAGAAGUUCAAGUGGGCGCUGGACUUCAACGUGAGUAAAAACGCUGAUAUUCCCUCGCCAUUGGGAUACAAUCCUUCUGCUCUGGUGAACCAGAGCGAGGUGGUGCGCGACCAACGCCUAGUCAUCAAGAAAUCCUGGGACCUCGCCCUGGGCCCCCUGAAGAACAUACCCAUGAACCUGUUCAUCAUGUACAUGUCGGGCAACUCAAUCUCUAUUUUCCCCAUCAUGAUGGUCGGUAUGAUGCUGAUCCGACCCAUCAAGGCCAUCUUCACAACACAGGUGACAUCUAAGAUGGCCGAGGGCGCCCAGGGAACUGGACAGCGCAUCGUGUACUUCCUGGGCAAUCUGGCCAACGUGGCCCUGGCCCUCUACAAGUGCCACAGCAUGGGCCUGCUGCCCACUCACGCCUCCGACUGGCUCGCUUUUGUUCAGCCGCAGACGCGCCUGGAGUAUUAUGGCGGAGGAGUGUCCUUCGUCUAAUUUUACACAUGUAGCAUUGCUUUAUUUGAUCAUAGAUAAAUUUCUUUAAACUAAA